UCCCACGACGUGGGGCCCAUUACCAAACGCGCUAUAAGCAGAACGCGAGUUGGGCUACGCGCCGCCCACUUUACUUUAACUUAGACGAGCUGCCCGCGUAUGGACACACCUUUUGACAUGCCACAACCCAGUUUCUGUUUAUACCAAAGAAGAAGAAAACAUUAGUUCUCGUGUAUGAUGCAUUUUUAAUUCCGUACCUAUCAGUACGUGUAUACUUCCAGCAGCUAUUCGGGUCACAAUGGCUUCCUCCACACGGUCACUCUCGCCCCCAGUGAGCGACGCGUCCCCGCCGAGCUCGCCACAGUUGACCCCCAGAUCGAAGCUCAAGGCAGAGCUGGCAGCACUGGACGAAAGCUCAGAUGAAGACGUCAGACCAAUAGACAGGAGGGCGCUCUUCAGAUCCAUUCAAAAGGUCUCAGACAGAAGCGACGAACCAGCACGUGCAGCAAGCCAACAUACCGAGGACGAAGACGAAGAUGAAGAUGAAGAUGAGGACAUGGUUCGACCACGAGGUCGUCUUGCAGCACGCAUGCAGCAGGCAGACAGCACAGAUAAACAGGCCAAGGGCUCCAAAUCACCAGACCCAAUGCUAGAGACUGUGAAAAAGCCAACACAGACCACACAAGAGGGUGACGCGGACGUGGAUGCCAACUCUAACGAAGGCGAAGACGACGUUGCCGUUCCUCGCAGACGGAGAAUACGACCGGCGCGUGAGCAAACACCCGAACCUGACACGAUCAGAGAAGAUAGCCCAGCAUCACCGGGUCUCUUCGUGUCACCCAACAAAUCGCAACACCCAGAUGCCGACUCGGACAGCGAUGAGGAGCUGCCCACCAGUCUUGCCCAGAAUGCACGCUUCCAAGCCCUUGUUGCGCGGAAACGCGAGGAACGGCUCGCCAAAGAGGCGGAACAGAAGCGAAAAUUGGAAGAAGCUCGUGCUCGGCGCGCGGAGAUCUCCGGCGAUGAUGGCGAUGACGAUGUGUCAGACAUUAGUGACGACGACGGAGGUCGCAAGCUCACACAGGAGGUCAAGUCGCGGCCCUCUGUCAGAAAAGCCAGCAAAAAGGCCUUGGAAGAGAUGAACAGGGAAACACAGAGACUGAGCCGCAGUAUGCAGCUCGCUCACGAGGCAAAGACGAAGAAGAAGAUCAGCAAGUCGGCAUUGUUCGAGCGGUUCAACUUCAAGGUCUCUGCUGCCGAGAACACAUUGGAGGUUGUGCCUGCUACAAGUUCGAGCAGACCAGUCACUCCUGGCUCAGAGAAGCAUACCGACCUAGAAAGGGCUGAGAAGGACACUCCUCCAAGUUCCCCGCCUAGUGCGCUGAAGAAGAUGGCGGAGGAUAUCCUUUCAGCCCCCACAGAGGCUCAACAGCAGCAAGCCGACACUCCAGUGGACAACGAGGACGGAGAACCUCCUAGUCUCCAUGGAGCCGUCGCUCAAGCCAAGAAGCUAGACAAGGGUAAAGGUAUAGCCACUCUCGAAGAUCUUGAAUCGCCCAAGAAGAAGAAGAAGACAACACCACAAAAGCCCCGGCGGCAAGUUCGGGUGAAGCUCCCCCCUGUUCAAGCCGAUCUCAUGACUAUUGACUCGGACGAGGAACUCCAAGUCGCACAGCCCAAAAAGCAGAGCAAGAUCGACGCUAUCUUUAGCCGCGUACCAGCGCAGCAGAAGAAAGAGGCAACCUCUGUGCAUGUUUUCCGCCAUUUAGCUCACCUUUCCUCUCCUCCUCAGGAUGCUCGUAAGAAGAGCCACAAGCCCAACAUGACCGUCGGCGAGCUGCAACUCACCCUACAGCAGCGCGCUCGUGCGCAAGCCAAGCUUGAGCGUGAUCGUCGCAUGGAGAUGUUAAAGGCAAAGGGCAUUCACGUGCAGACGGCCGAGGAGCGUGAAAGAGAGAGAGAAGAGGUCGAGGACAUUGUCGCUCGUGCUCGUGAGGAGGCUGAGGAGAUCAUGGCCCGCGAACGUGAAGAUGCUAAGAAGGCCAAGAAGGAGAGGAAAGAGAACGGCGAAGAAGAUCAUCUCGAUUGGGACGAUAGUGAGGACGACGGAAGCUUUGCUGGCAGUGAAGAUGACACGCUCAAACCCAUUGAAGAGGGUGAGAUUGAGUUCUCAGGCUCCGAGGAUGAAGAGGGUGACGAUGAGGAUGAAGUGGAUGAUGAUGACAAGUCAGCUGCCAACCCCAUGUUUGACGAAGACGCUGAAGAGGCCGAUGAGUCUGAUGAAGAAGUUACACAUAAAACUACAACGGAAAACCUGGCAGGCGUCGAUGAAGAGGAGGGAGACGAUAUUCGACCUACAGCCUCAAAAUCCCGCCGUGGCAAAAAACGUGUUCAGAUUCUCUCUGAUGACGAAGACGAGGCUAUGAUUGAAGCUACACCCAAACCCAAAACCCCUUUCAAAUCAUCCCAGUCAAAGGGCAUUAGUUCUCCCAGCGUCCCUACUUCCGUCCUCCGCUCCGCCACCAAGACCUUCAUCCCCGGUCUUCCUGUUCCUGCUGCGGGACCCGCUGGUCUAGGCCUCACACAAAUUUUUGCCGGCACUAUGGACGACAGCCAAGCUGGUUCCGCACCUCCUGCUACCGGAUCUCCUUUGCAAUUCAUGCCAAGCUUCAACAAUUUCCCCGACUCGCAAUUCUCUGCAACCGCCGGCGAAUCACAACCCGCAGACGCUAUAGUCAUGAACAGCCAGGCCGAGACACAAAAGAGGGAAACACAAACUCAAGGCCUUCAGCUCCAUUUCGAACAAAGCCAAAUGCAUGGUUUCGAUUCCUUGAUACAAUUGGAGAGUACUCAGGCCUCGGAUAUGCUCGAGGCCACUCAGGACACUGGCUUCGCGGACUACACACCUCUAAAGCAGCGCUUUGUCGACCCGCCUCAGAGCACCGUCGACACCGUUCUUCUUAACGGCACACCCGUGGUCAAUGCAGAUGCUGAGCCGGAGCAGAUGGACUCCCCACUCGUUCACAAGCGCGGCAAGCUGAGGCGGCGGGACGAGGUAUCAUUCACGGAUUCGGACCUCCCUCCUACUGAGGUGCCCGCGUCCCCGCUUCUCAGUAGGGCCGUGCCGGCUUCAGCAGUCGAGGCCUCAAAUCCUGCUGGAGUUGAGGAAUCUUCAGCCUUCAAUCUCAUGGCGGAGGCGGCGCGAAGGAAGAAGCGCGCCAUGGAGAAGUUCAACAAGAAAAAGAGCAAGGCUAAGGAGAUGGUCCACGGUGAAGCCGAGGAGUCUGAGGAUGAGUAUGCUGGUCUUGGUGGUGCGGAUGGCGAAGAUGAUUCGGAGGCCGAUGAAAAUGACCUCGCCGAAUUGCGUAAGCAAAUGAUCGACGACGACAGCAAGGGCCUGACGGAGGAGGAACAGCGGAAGAUGGCUGCAUUCUUCGCCGAUCGCGAACGUGCUGAUGACAGCGCGCAAGUCGACAAGCUCUUCCGCGACAUUACAACUGGUAUGUUGCGGAAACGUCGCCGCGGAGCUGGCGGCAACGGCGACUUCGACCUCUCCGACUCAGAUGACGGAGGCGAGGCCCGCCGUCGCAUGAAGCAGCGUCAAUUUGCCAAGAUGCAGAAGGCGUUAUUUGCAGACGAGAGAAUUGGGAAGAUUGCCGAGAACCCUCGCAAUGCUGCUUUCAUGAAGAGUAUCGAGGACUGGGGCAGCGAUGAGGAGAUGGACUUCGACGAGCCGUACUUUGCCCCUGAGGAGGAAAGCCAAGAAACCCAGCCCAAGCAGCCGGGCGACGGCGGUGAGCAGGGCGGCGAAGAAAAAAUACCGGACUCACAGCCUGUCACUGCUGCCACUGGAGGCGCUUUGAGCGCGAAUUUAGGUAGGAAACGAACACGCAACGACGCCUCCGAACCCGCUGCCCGCCCGGCCCCAAAUCUCAGAAGAGUCAGAGACGGCGCCAGACCUGCCAGUCUGGCAGACGUGCGGCGCUCCCUUUCCAGCCUGCUCGGCGAGCCAAACAUGUCCUUCGACUCCAUCAUCCCGGCCACGGACCCGAUCAACGGACCCGACAGCGAGGGCGAGAACAACGACGAGGAGCAGUUGAUACCGGAGAGCUCGGCACUAUCUAGCAACAAUAAGGAGAACCGACGUCCCUCCUCCGCAUCCGUGGCUGUUGUCGACCGCAUCUCUCUCAAGCGCCAGGGGUCCUCGAACGUGAGCAGCAACGGCUCCAAGCUCGCCUUCGCGGCACCGCCGGCGGCAGGCGGCGGCACUUUCAAGGUCCCUGCGCUGUUGAGGAGGGCCACCACCAACAACAGUCUCAUGUCGCAGGGCUCCAACGCCUCGUCGACGGGCGUCACGAUCGGUGCCGGUUCAUCCUCGUCCUCGUCCUCGUCAUUGGGCAAUAAGGCGGCCGCCUUUGGAGAGGAGGGCAAGCUGAAGAAAAACGCUGGCAAGAAGAGCGGCAUCAACUUCUUCGCCAGGGAAAAUGAGAGGAGGGAGAAGUUGAAGGAGAGCGAGAGGAGGCGCGAGGAGAAGAAGUGGAAGGGUGUCGAGGGCAGGUCAAAGGUCGUUGGUGGUUUGUUCGGUGGUGGUCAGUUCGAGUAGAGCCAGCUUAUUUUUUGCGAAAUUUCUUUCCAUUUCUGUUUAUGAGGUGUUGCGGAAUUGGUUGUUGGCGGCAUGGCGUUCGGACUGGGUAUUUAGGAGUGUUUUCCCCCUAGAGACAGGGUCAAAAGGUUUAACAGUUUCAAUGAGG